ACAAACUGUAUGGCCGUGGCAGGCUUCUUGUUAACUGUUCUUACAGCUUAAAUUAAUCCAUUUCUAUUAAUCUAUACCUUGCCACGUGGCUUGUGGCUUACCGGUACUUUACAUCUUCCUUAUCCUGAUGGCGGCUGGCAGAGUCUCCCCGACUCAGCCUUCCACUUCCCAGCUCUAUUCUCCUCCUUGUCCCGCCUAUACUUCCUGCCUAGCCAAUGGCCAAUCAGUGUUUUAAUUAUUGACUAAUCAGCAACACAUUUGACAUACAGAACAUCCCACAGCAGGGGUAUGCCUAUUUAAGGCCCAGCUCACAGUCUAGCAUGCCUAGUUAGUUAGGAUUCAGCUCAUUGGGGUGGGAGCAGGGUUCACACUUGAUCACGUCAGUGAAGAGUCAAACGAGGGGAGUUGGGGAUUUAGCUCAGUGGUAGAGCGCUUGCCUAGCAAGUGCAAGGCCCUGAGUUCGGUCCUCAGCUCUAGGAAAAAAUUAAAAAUAAAUAAAUAAAUUUUUUAAAAAAGAGUCAACCGAGGGAUAACUAGGAAGCUGGGAAUAGACUAGUACCUGAGGAGUGGGGGAGGAGAUACAGAAAAUGAAACACCAGAGUACACAAGGCUCUAAGCCCCUCCAUAGCUCUCCCUGAUGGAGAACUCAGUCAUGUCUGUGUGCCUUUCUCCCAUAAGGUCUGUUAGUCACUGGAGAAAGCAGUCUCCAUGAACUACCUCUAGGCUUCCAUCUUGAGCACCAACCAUCAGAGCAUCUGGAGUGGGAUAGGGUGGCCACCAACCCCGUGGGUGCUAGGUCUCCAGGAUGGUCACUGGACCAGGUGACCUGCAGCCUCCUGGAUGUGAGAUGCUGGAUGUGAGGGGGAUGUGUGUGUGUGUGUGGAGACACCUGCCUGCACAGGGUGACCUGGCUGUCGGGAGCUGUAAGCUCCGAAGGAGUGAUUUUGAGGUCACUUGCAAAGCCAGUGGCUGCAGAUAGAAACCUCAGUGAACAUCUGCCCUGAAGCAAGAAGCUUUGUCCCCCUGAGGGUAGAGUGAGGGACCUCACUGACCCAUUCUUCUCCAUUCAGCUAGCAGGAAAACAUUUAUUUUGCUACUUUCGGCUUCAUUAUUUAUGAAGCUUUGUUUUAGUUUGGUUCCUAUGAUUGUGGUAAACACCACAACCAAGAGUAACUUGGAGAGGAAAGGGAUUUGGGCUUAUACAUCCUGGUCACAGCCAGUCAUUGGGAAGGCAGGGCAGAACCAAUCAUUGGGAAGGCAGGGUAGAAACUCAAGCAGGAUCCAGGGCAGGACCCAUGGAAGAAAGCUGCUGGGUGGCAUACUGUGUGGAAGAGAGGGAUUCUCGACCCUUUGGAGCCCAGAAGGUCAUAUGUGAGUCCUAGACACCAGACACUAAGCUAUUUAAUUUUGGUUUUGCUUAGCUUUAAUUGUAACUUCCCUGGUUCUUCCCUUGUGGAAUAAGAAAAUGUAAGGUAUUAACUUUCCAUGAGCCCACAGUUGAGUGACUUCAGAUUUUUAAAGAGAUGUUGGGUUUUUAAAGAGAAACCUAAACUUUUAAGUUAUUGGAAUUGUUGAAAGACUCCGGGACUUUGAAAAGCUAAACUACAUUUUCUGUCAUGGUAAUAUUAACAUGGCAUCUUGGGGACAAACAACAAAGGAAAAUGUAUGGUUUGAUGCUGAUGUGUUUGUGUGUCAAGUUGACAGAAACUAGCCAGCACAGGGCCCGUGCCAGAGAAAUAAAUUCAUAUACCUGUCUUCCUGCUGAAUAUACCUUGAGUCAGUUUGAUUCUCAGGCCCGAUCUAAAGCCCUAGAGAGGCAGGGUGCCCUUCCUGCCAGCAUCGUGGCUAUCGGUGGCUGUGGACUCGAGCGGGGAGCCAGGGAACUUCUGUUAGGCUGUGUUAGGUCGAGCUGUGCCCCCAGCAUCUGAAGUUGAUGAUCUAACACCAGAAACCUCAGACAUGACUGUGUUUGAGAAGGGGGCCUUGGAAAGUUAUGAAAUAAGGUCACUAACGUGAAUCAAAGCUCCUAGAAAGAUUGACAGCUUACAGUGAAGCCGGUUAACUGAUGAGAACCUCAGUGACUGUGGAGAAGUUGCAAUGUUGCAGGUCCAGAGCCUAAUUACAGUUUAUCUCGGGCUAUCUCUAGCCAACUUCAGGGCCGUUCCUUGCCUCCCUCUGUGUCUGACAUAACAGCCUGUGACUAACAGGUACAACAACCACGAAACUCUGAUUUCCCGAACCAAAAGGUGACGGUUGCCACCAGAUAGCAGCUGAGGCCUAGAGCUGAAGAGCCCCUGCUUUUUUUUGUGGCCAUCUAUUUAAUAUUUCCGCCAAUGUAUUUGAAAAGUACCUUUGUUUAUGGCUUUCCUUGUCCUGCUAAGAUAAGAACUUCCAGAGGCUGAAGACAGCACAAAGAGAACAUCUCGAGUUCAGUUCCCAGAACUCAGGUUGAGUAGCUCACAACUGCCUGUGACUCCAACUCCAGGAGACCUAAUACCCUUUUCUGGACCAUAGCAACACCUGCACUCAUGUGCACAUACAACACACACACACACACACACACACGCCUAUAAUUAGUAAUUUUUUUUCCCUCGGGACAAGGUUUCUCUGUGUAGUUUUGGUGCCUGCCCUGGGUCUCCCUCUGCAGACCAGGCUGGCCUCGAACUCACAGAGAUCCGCCUGGCUCUGCCUCCCAAGCGCUGGGAUUAAAGGCGUGCGCCACCGCCGCCCGGCAAUAAUUAGUAAAUUUAAAAGAAACUUUUUCAACUGUCACCGUGUUGGGGCAUGGAGUUUGGGGUCAUUUGAAUGUGCUCCAGGGCAGUGAUGGCUUGUAUUUAGCUCCAGAAUAAACUUUUAUCCACUUUGAGGGGAUAGUUAUGCGUUAUGUUGACACUAGGGGGAGCCCCAACCCAGCGUGCCUUCAGACACAGACUGGGGACCGCCCCUUGAAGAUGACAUCUGUAGACCCUGCAAGGGGCUGCAGGGGAACCAGCCCUGCCCCUCCUGGAUCUCAUCCUCCAGCCUUCAACUGGGAGACAUUUUUCCAGUUGAACCCAUCCAGGCUGUGGUUCUAUGUAGACGGAUUCUUACGUCGGGGUCAUUUAAAUCACCAAAAUGUCUUCCGCCAAGCCUUCCUCUCUGGGUGAGUUCUGACCCAUUGGCCUGGAUGUAAAUCCGAUCACACUGACCCAGGGCCCUUCGUUCAUUGUCCUGACUUUGCCUCCUGCCAUCCUCAUCUCUGAAGAAAAAGGAAGAUUCUCAAAUGGGAGAAAGCUCAGGCGUCCGGAACACACAUUUGUGAGGCAUUGUCUUUGGGAAGGCCCCGGGCUGUUGAAGAAUCCAGAAGUACAGGAAAGCAGCAGACAUGAAACCGCUGAAAAAAACCUCGAGCCUGCAGAGACCUCCGGGAUGGCCCUCCACAAACAAUCAGCCCUGCCUUGUGAUGUCACAGCAGUACCUUAGCAACGGAGACUGAGCGUGCUCUGGACCGCUUUGCUGGAGGAGAGAAAGGGAGAGAGGCUGGCAGAGAUGCCUUUGGUCUGAGGUUGCGCUGGUGGCUCCCUCCUCCCCUCUGGGUCAGGAUGGAAAAGGAUCCCCCCAUUCACAGGAGGCACAGGCCUGGUCCUGGAGCCCUGCCUUCAGGAAUAACCCCUGGAUACCUCAAGGUGGCCAGUGAGGGGCCUGAACUCCAGAGGAGCAGGAGUGUGGGUGGCUUGCACCAGAAGGGGGAUCCACCAGUCUGCAUCAGGAAACUACUACACUCUGAGGAUCCAAGAAAUGACACUGAUGACAUCAUCUGUCAGGUGAGCCUAGAGGAAGACAGAAGGAAAAAGAACCAGGAUGAGCCCAGAAAACUGGACCCAAAGUGUGGGAAAACGGAGCCAGAGAAGAACGGCCCGGAAGCCAGCAUCACAGAACAAGAUGAUGCCCGCAGAGGAAGAAGUACCUCAGUGGCCGAGGGACAAGAGCCAGAGCCCAUGAAGCUGAAUAACCUUCUAGAAAAACAGAAACCAUCUGUGUUUGUGGAGAUCGACCUGGGAGACCAUAUUGAAGAGGAGGUGGUGACCUGUGCCGUGAGAGAAGAGAAGAGGCUUCCAAUGGACACAGGGGACUUGUCAGAGGAUGAGACAAGGACCAGCUGGGUAUGCUGCAUCCCAUAUUCCACAAAGAAGAAGGUGAAGGAAGCUACCAGUGCUUUGGAGAAGGUAUUCAAAACCUGGAGGGCAGGGAAGGGUGGGACUCUGAAUGGCUAGGGGCACGGGGGUGGUAUGCCCACUCCAGAGCCCCUCUGGCCAGAUCCCUGGGGGUUCCAUUUCCAUCUCGCAAGGCCAGCCAUGGCUGGGAGAAAGGACAGUGAUGCUGUAAUGUAGAGACCCCUAAUCCGCUGUAGCCCAAGAAUACUCAGGGGCAUGGACCACCCAGGUGUGUACCCUGGCCUCCAGAGACAUGAUGAUGUGAUGUUUGUAGAUCAUGUUCUUCCUCCGUGGGAUGUGGACACAGGCAGGACGGUGGCUAAGUCCUCCAUAGGCACCUGUCAGUAAUGGUGGGUGAUGCUGAUAGUCCUACCCUGAAGAUCUUGGAAACAUCUAGAAGUAGCUAUGGGCCCAAAUCCAUGAUGUAACAUGGUGCUCAGGGGAAGGCAUUGUGGGUGCCAAGGUCCCUGCAGGGUAAGGUCAGGGAUGCCCAGCAGCCUGAGUCACCUCUGUGCUUGUUGCUGGGCACAGGCCCUGGUAAAAAUUGGGGAACAAGAGCCCCAGUAUUACCAUAUAAUCCACAUCAUGGGAACUCCUAUCUUUAGGUCUGAUCAUGGCCAUGCACUGCCACCCACUAGGUGUAGGAACUCAAUAUCCCCAGCUUUGUUAUCACCAGACAUACAAGUUAAAUGUGCAAGGAUAACAGGGCUGCAGAGAUAUUGUUUAAUGCCUGAGGAGGCCUUCUGGAACAAACCCCAAGCCCAGGCAAGUUGGGUCAGGGGCUAUCACCUUCCCAGUCCAGCCGGCUGUCUUCCCAGCCUGAUGCUAGAGCCAGCUUCUUUCUUGGAGGUCACCACAGUCGUGGUCCCAAGUGAUAGAUGCCAGGAUGCCAGGACCUCAGGAAUAUCUAGGCAUCUUGACCUAAAGACAGGGAGCCUGAGCUCCUUGGGGAGAAUGCUCAGAGCUGAUUCACAGGGUCCAGAAGGGGAACCAGGACAGCCAGGCGAGAGCAGAAGGCUGAUAAUGCAUGCACACUUCCUACCUUGCUUAGCCAGUUGAAUGAGAGAUAGACAUGCUUGACAUUCACAUAGGUAUGUUCAUAUGUACAUAGGACACACAUGUACACACCCAUACACAUGUGAGUGUGCGGGGCUAUGCGCCUCAGCUCCUCAUACACAUACCACACACACAUGCCCACCCUUGUACAGUCACAUGUAUAAUGCACAGUGCACACAUUCACAUUUACAUACCUCAUAUGCAUUCCCUUACAUAGUACAUAGUACGUUUGCACAUUUACAUACCUCGAACACACAUUUCCUUACAUAGAUAACUGAAACUGUGACCUCUCAGGGUGAGAGUCUUGAGGAAUUUACUUUGCAGGGAGGCCCUUGUCCAGGUAGAGAGGGGAGGAAGGCCCACCCAUCAGUUUCUACCCAGACCCCUGACUGCAAGGGCAAGCCUUUCCCAUAUUAUUACUCAUGGGACACAAACGGGCCCAGAUGGUCCUCUGAGUGGGUCUACACAGUAAAGCGAGGCAACCCCUUGGGCCCACUAUGUAGUUUUGAACCUGUCCCAUCCACCAGCUGCCACCAGAAAGGUACUCUAGAGACACACUUCAGAACAGACAGCUGCUGGCACCUUUGCCAGGGUGGAAGAAGAGGCCUUGGCCAUGGCUCCUGCUCUCUUGCCACAGAGCAGGCAUCAGUGUGAGUCUGUCUACCUGUCCGUCCUUUGUCACCAUGUCUGGAUGGCAGUUUCGUGUUGGCCAAGGCCAGGCCUCUGGAUACAACCUUAGCUUAAGUCUCGAUGAUGUUGUUCCUUCUGUGUGUCUUUGUCGAGGGUCACGGCAUCUGCCAGGUCCAAGGGUGGAUAUCAUAUUUGGAAAUCAUAUUACGAAGGGCUCAAGGCAUAUUUUGAACCUUGGUUCUGAGCAUUCCUGCGCGCCUGAGACCUGGCUCUCACUUUCCUGCCUAUGCAUCCAUCUAUCUGUGGAUUCUGAGCCCUGUGGCUUCUUAGCAUCAUUUGCCCCAUCAGAGAAGAGAGGUCCUGGCAGGGGGAGAAGAGGGUGGUCACCCUGUGCUGAAGGCUCAGCCUCAGGGCGGGAGCUCAGCUAUACUUGGGCAGCAGCUGGCAGCAGCCAGUUUCACUGGGAGGGUGAGAAAGGCCUGGAACUUGAGGAACAAGAGGUUUCUGCACUCUGCCCACAUGUCCACGGCUGGUAAAGAUGCGGAACCACUCAUCCGCGUGAGCGCGGGGUCUUUCUUGCCGCUGCUUCUGGUGGCCAGAGGCCGUUGAAGAACACCUACUGUUUCCAUCCAGCACAGCCACUGGCUCCUCGGAUCCAAGUGAGGCUGGGAUUCAGGGAGGAUUGACAGCCUGGCUUCUGGGGUCCCAACUCCCAUCGCCUGGUGCUCACCAGGAGCCCUUGUGACUCAGACCCCGAGAAUCCCAUCCCCCUCCGGCUGCAUCUUCCCAACCAGGUACUGACGCAGGCUUGGCUUUGUUAGAACCACCAGUGGUCUCAGGACAGGACCUAUCUGACUCAGCCACUAGUAGAUCUCUCUGGGGACUAAGGGAAGACAGCCCAGGCCUGGAACAGCUUCGUGAUCCCCCCUUCCAUGGGCAGGGCCAGAGUGACAGCAGCCAACGGAGACCCACAGCAGGGACCCUCCUCCAAUCCAAGGCCAAUCACAGGUAAGGUCGAAAAUGGCAGUGAACUCCUGACCUUCUGGUAGAGGGGUCACUGCAGAGGGAGGGCGCAUGGACCUCGUCUCAGGUCAGGGGUAGAAUGUUACAAGUUGGGGUCCCAUUGCCCCUGAGUUUAUAAAACACUGAGUUUUCAGUGUAUAAUGAGCAUGGUCACUGAACUGUUUUAAGGUGCCAGUCAGUACCUGAGACAAGGGAUGCCCAUGGACCAAGGCCCCCAUGGGCCCUUCCUGUAGCUGGAUAGACAAUAACUCUUGAUCCUUCUUAUUUUAGCCACAAAGGGUUUCAUAAAAAUUAGUCUUUGGGUAAAUAUUAGUCAAGCUACUGAAGACAUGAGGGCAGGAUUCGUAUGGAGGUGGGUGGUAGGUCGAGGGUGUUGGGGGAAGGGUGCCCUGUUAGCUGUGUGGGCUUGUGAUUAUCAGUCUCUCCCAUCACCUCUGCAGAGCGGGCUUCUGCAGCCCGCCAACCUCCCAGCAGUUCCUGCUCUGUCUUCCCCAGGCUUUAGUGCAAACACGAGGACUAGGACUUUAGCCUGCCUGAUGGCGCCCCCUGGCGACCCGGGUUCUCCAGUCCUCUUCGCUUGCUUUCAGUCCUAGGCACCAACUAUGCAGGACGCAGGGGCAUGCCACCCCACCGGCGUCACAGGGUGUAAGCUCCAGCUAAUCGCUCACUAAAGGAAAACAACACCGUGUGACCGCCUCGCUGGAGUUACGAUGUCAUACGUAGGCAACCCCCAGGCCGCAGCUGGAGAGGAGAAAGGCCAAAGUCACCUCUGAACUGUCCCCUCCCUACACCCAUACAUACCCUUGCUCCCCCAAGCCUUGGGCCACAGCCUUCCUUAGUAGCUCUACCUGGAAGCCUGGUUCUCUAAGGAUGCUUGGGGAUGUGAACUCCCCCAAUCACGUUCCCAUGUGACUCCCCCCACACACACACAAAAAAAAAAAGCAAAACAAUUCCUCAAACAUGUACCUCUGAAGCCCUGAGUGCCUGGACUCAUCAAGGACAUGGUGGACAUGGUGAGUUCAUGGAAGACAGAGGGUAGCAGAAGCUUGAUCCCCUAAUGGGCUUCUGGUGUUGUCACGGUCACUAGGAGGCAUGGGGGCAGGGUGGGAGGGUCCACCGCCGCCUCCGUCCCAGAGCAAGAAGACCCUAUCAGACUCAUAAUUGACAGCAGCCCGGCAUAUGUGCAGACCACAGAACCCAAGCUGGGAUGGAGAGGACAAGAAGUGAUGAUUCUAGGGUGAUCUGUGGAGUUGGGGCUUCGAUUUGAAAGGUUCGAAAGAGUCCUCGGGCCACUGAUGCGCAUGGUCCUUGCAUGCGGGAAGAAGUUGGUUAGAAAGAAGAGUUACUGGUGCGUGUACAGACAGAGACAACAGCAUAGGCCGGUGUUCUGGGAGGAGUUGGUCAGGUAGGCAUGCCAGAGGCUCUGAUAAGCACCCAAGCCCAUGAGGCAGAGGGGGGGUGGGUCCCCUCUGACAGGUAUCAGGGGAAUGGCGAGGUUCCCUGUAGUCAGGCCCUCUCUUCUUCCCUAGCGAGAGGCUGGGGCAGUGGAGAGUGCAACUUUAAGGAUGUAAGGAGGUGUGGUCCAUGUGGUGUCCUGGAGUCUAACAACCUAUGAGCUUCCUUGGGGCAGUAAGGCUGGCACCUGUCAUUCUCCUGGGGUCAGGACACCUGGAGAGUUUGUUAGGGGGUUAGAGAUUGGCAGGUUCUGAGUGGAGAGCCUGCAAGUGAGCCCCAGUGUGGUCUGAAUUCUGCCGAUAUUCUUGGCAUCUUCCCUGUGUAAGCUUAGCUUUGGGGGCACAUUUUCAGAGCUCAUGCAGUGUGAACACAGCUGAAAAAAGUGACCUGUGGUUUCCAGACCCUCCCAGGGGUGGACAAACGCUCUUCAAGGGGGAGGGAGGCUGGAGGCUGUCUCGGUGGAGGAACCCCUGGUUUCAGCCAUCUUGUUUGGUUCUGACACAGCUUAAGGCAUCUUAAGGGAUGACCCUUGCUUUACAGAGGGGGGAACUGAGGUACAGGGAGCAGGCAGGAAGCUGAGGCAGAGCCCAGAGACUGAGCAGCACUGAGGUGGAGCCCACAUCCUCAUGGGCUAUCCCAUAAGCUUGCUCCACCCCUUCUCCCAAGCUGGUGACCUCUCACUUCAGCUCUGGUCCCGCUCAUCACACAUCCAGCCCUGUGGAAGGACCUAACCCUACUCUCAGUGCCCAUGAUGAGGAAGACUUCAUUCUCCAAGAGCCUGUUUGCCACAUUCAAGGACCCUUGUCUCCCAAAAAGCCCUAUCCCACCCAAAUAGUACCCGCUUCUGAUCCAAGACCUCUGUUUCCCAAGGAGUUCCCAUAUACUCCACCAUUUCAUUUUCUAGGAGUGGCAGUCAUGGCCAUAAGAUUCUUAUCUGUGGCCUCAACUAGACUGGGGCUAAAGAGUUCCGGCUCAGUGUAGCCCCAGGGCUGUAUAGAGUGAAUAAGAAGGUAUAAGCCGCUGGGUGAGUACCAGGUGCUCAAGGCUGAAGUCAACUCCCCCAUCCCAAGACAGUUUCUUGUCCUUGGUCAGUCCUGUGUACUCGGCCUCCCACUGUCCAGUUUCCCACCCCACCCCUGGCAUCUAGGCAGUUUAGGAGCAGUUCCCUGCAGUCCUGCAUCUGUCACUGAGAGAGAGGAGCCUCAGGAAUUGGCACCACAGGGAAAGUCCCCAGUCAGCUGCUCUGCAGAACCAGGUUGUGGGGCAGGCCCAGACAUGUGGAGACAUGCCUGCAGCCUUCCCUGAGCUUCCAAGCCUGCCUAACCCACCUCCCACUCAGGUCCUCUGAGGACUGGCUGGCAAGGAACCCAGUGACAUCCUCCUGAGUUCGCUGCCAAGUUUCCUGCCUGAGGUGGGAACAGCCGCAGAUUCCAGGAACCAGCGGGGGAAUCUGGCAUGAUAGGUAGACCGGGAAAGAACAGAGCCCCAGGAUUCACGCUCUGCGGGGCUGAGGGGCAUGACCUUUGAGGCUCUCCCGUCAGCCUGACUCAGCAUCUGCUUGGCAUGGCUCAAGGUUUCCCAAGUAAUUGGGAGAGAGUCAUUUCCAUUCCAGAUGUGUAGGGGUGUCUCUCAUAGCUGGUUUUGUAAACUGCAACACCCCCAGCCUGCAGCUCAGACACCUCAUGACUUCAGAACCAGACUGGGGAACACCUUGGUUCAGUGUCUCCAGCCAAGUAUACCAUUAAUGUCAUAGGCCCAACAUCCAUUGACAUGCUGGACACAAGGAGCAGGACGAUGUCAGGGAUGUCACUCCAUGCACGGCCUCGAGGCUCAGGAGGUACUAAGGUCCUUCCCUGGGCCACUGUCUCCUGCUGGCUGAAGAGCAUGCACCGAGCAUGCGUGGAGCCCGGCAGCUGAGACUCUAGGUGGCGCUGUCCUCCAGGGCGGAAAGGGGUUCCUACAGACUCACCACCUGUCAUGAGUGUGCUACAUCAGGAACACAGUGAACGGUCUCAGUUUGGGGAUUCGAGGGGGACACUGGCAUAGAAUGUUCUGUUGGGCAAGAGGUUUACUAGAAUUAACACCAUGGACAUGGGCAAGAGGGGCUCUAAGGAACGUUCAGGCUCCAAUUACCGUGGAUAGGCAGCACGGCGGGGACUCUGAGGAGACGCAUCGUGGCAGGGGUUCCUUCUAAGUGUUCUAGGAAAUGGGGGAAGACUUCUACAAGCCUAAAGCUAGGUUGUCCCUGACUCUUGAGUGGCAGGGGAAAAUAGGUUAAGGAUGUGUGGGGUACAGGGAACUUUCAGGGGUCCUGAGAAGUCUGAAAACUCAUAAGCUUCCUUGGAAAGUAAAAAUGGUGCUGACCAUCUCUGGAAUCUGGACACCUGAGGAGUGUGCAUACAAAUCACUGACAGGCCCUUGGGUGUCGGUCUCUCCCUGUAGCAGUGGGAAUCCCAGGGUCAACUAUGAGGCUGGAGAGAGCGCCACAGAUGGGCAUAGCUGAGAAGCGUCUGGUCUGGGAUUCGAACACACUGAUAGACAUGUUUGUGUCCACACUGUCAGAUUUCAUUGAGUAACAAGUCACAAACUACUUGUUUUGUUGGUUACAGUUUGGCAAGUAAUCCAGUUUUCCUUUAAUAGCUAACCAUUGGCAAAACAAGUGAGUCUAUUCCAACCUAGUUUUAUAUGCAAAGUAUAUGUCUGUGUAUGGGUUUGUGCAUGUGAAUGCCGAUGCCCUCAAGGUUGG